GCGGGCCCAGCGGGGUCGCGGCGGAGGACGGCGGCGUUCCGCGCGGGUCCGCGGGCUCGCGGCACCCCGCCGGCGGCCAGGCGCUCGCAGUCUUCGGCGGGUGACCCCCCCCAUCCCCCACCCCCCCAGCCACGGGCCUUCGGUUGCACUGCUGUGAUUGUCACCUCAGAAGGAUGCAUCCUGACUUAUCUCCACACUUGCACACGGAAGAAUGCAACAUCUUGAUUAACUUACUUAAGGAGUGUCACAAAAAUCACAACAUUCUGAAGUUUUUUGGUCAUUGCAACGAUAUUGACCGGGAGAUGAGAAAAUGCUUGAAGAAAGAGUACGAGGAAAAGAGGAAACGGAGCAGGGAGCGUGGCAUCGCGAUGCGCGAGAGGCUCUCCAGUCUCCCGGAGGAAUCGGAAAAGUAGUUCCCUCUCCGGGGAUGCCGUGGCGGAGAAAAGACUGCAGCACUGCUGGGCCAUCAGAAGAAUCGUCUUGGUCUCCCGAAUCCCGAGUGGACGCGAAGAACUGAAUCGUGUUGAGAAGUGCCUUCAGUGCCGUGGAGUGUGACCGGCCACCGGCCCUUGCUUGCUGGAGUAGCUCCUCUUCUCCAGCACCAUAGCCAUUUUUUUCUCCUUUCUUAGAAGACUCUUACAAUGACAGCAAAAUGGUGCCUAUGGGCUCCCCUUUCGGACAAUGUAUCAAUUGUAAAAAUUAAACAUUAAGAUAGGAUUAACACAAGCUAGGAUGAGCAUAAUUUUUUGGGAAAUGCCAGUUGUGUAAACUGUAUGAAAAGACUCCAGUUUAUUGUAAGAGUGGUCUUUGAAGAGAAUAAAUGUUUAUAGUAGAUCCUCCAACCGUGGAUCAAAAAUAUUAAAAUCUGCAGUAAACAAACGUG